CCCCGGCUUGGUUUUUCCCAGGCGUGGAGGUUGGGCUAGGGGCUGGGGUGCGAGGAGUGUCUGCGCCCGCAGCGGGAGCCCGGAAGGCGCGGGGACUCCGAGUUGGAUUUGGAGGCGCCAGGCGCGGAGGUCCCUCAGCCGAUCCUGCCCUGUGAAAGGCGCCAACAAAAGAGUCGAGGAAGUGCCACCCGGCGGCGGCGGGAGGAGGAGCGCUGAGGCCCGUGUCGCUACCGGCCGUGCGUACUCGCUGGAGGGAAGGGCGGGGAGCCGCUCCGGGAGGGGGACGCCCGGUGGCGCGGGGUAAGCCAAGUUCCAGCUUUGGUGUCGUGCCCCCCCUCCCCUGACUCCCACGCAAGGAAAGUUUGCAGCCGACGCUUGCGGCGGCUCGCGACCGCCGGGCCCAGCCGGUCGAGCCUUCGGAGCGGGCGCCGUCCCAGCUCCGGGGAGCUGCGAGCCGCGAUGCCUGGGGCGGUCUCCCGGGGCCCGGCCGCCGGGGAUGGGCGGCUGCGGCUGGCACGGCUGGCACUGGUGCUGCUGGGUUGGGUCUCCGCGUCGGCUCCCAGCUCUUCGGUACCCUCGUCUUCCACCUCCCCGGCGGCCUUCCUGGCCUCGGGGUCUGUGCAGCCUCCGCCAGCCGAGCGAUGCCCCGCGGCUUGCGAAUGCUCCGAGGCGGCGCGUACAGUCAAGUGCGUUAACCGCAACCUGGUGGAGGUGCCCGCGGAUCUGCCCUCCUACGUUCGCAACCUCUUCCUCACCGGCAACCAGAUGACCGUCCUCCCGGCUGGCGCUUUUGCCCGGCGGCCGCCGCUCGCCGACCUGGCAACUCUCAACCUCAGUGGCAACCACCUGAAGGAGGUAUGUGCCGGUGCCUUCGACCAUCUGCCCGGCCUGCGCCACCUCGACCUCAGCCACAACCCUCUCACCAACCUCAGCGCCUUCGCCUUUGCCGGCAGCAACGCAAGCGGCUCGGCCCCCAGCCCCCUGGUGGACCUGAUCCUGAACCACAUCGUGCCCCCUGAGGAUCAGCGGCAGAAUGGAAGCUUCGAGGGCAUGGUGGCCUUCGAGGGCAUGGUGGCAGCUGCCCUGCGCUCAGGUUUUGCGCUCCAAGGGCUGCGUCAUCUGGAGCUGGCCAGCAAUCACUUCCUUUACCUGCCUCGGGACUUACUGGCCCCACUGCCGAGUCUCAAGCACCUGGACCUUCGGAACAACUCCCUGGUGAGCCUGACCUAUGCGUCCUUCCGCAACCUGACACACCUCGAAAGCCUCCAUUUGGAGGACAAUGCCCUCAAGGUCCUUCACAACUCCACUUUGGCUGAGUGGCAAAGCCUGGCUAGUGUCAGGGUGUACCUGGACAACAAUCCCUGGGUUUGCGACUGCUACAUAGCUGACAUGGUGGCCUGGCUAAAAGAGACAGAGGUGGUGCCAGAUAAAGCCAGGCUCACCUGUGCAUUCCCAGAAAAAAUGAGAAAUCGUGCCCUCCUGGACCUCAGCAGCUCUGACCUGGACUGUGAUUCUAUCCUUCCCCCAUCCCUGCAGACUUCCUAUGUCUUCCUGGGCAUUGUUUUAGCUCUGAUAGGCGCUAUUUUCCUCCUCGUUUUGUAUUUGAACCGCAAAGGCAUUAAAAAGUGGAUGCAUAACAUCAGAGAUGCCUGCAGGGAUCACAUGGAAGGCUAUCAUUACAGAUACGAAAUCAAUGCGGACCCCAGGUUAACAAAUCUCAGUUCCAACUCGGAUGUCUGAGAAACAGGACUGGGCAAGAUGGCUCUGCAUGAGGUGUAGACUUGAAGUUGUUUUGUUUUGUUUUUUGUUCAUCCCUUUACUAGGAUUGUUCCACU